AUGGCGUCGCCUUCCGGAACAUUCGACAAUGGUGAAAAGUACAUUGUCGUGAUCGUUCUGCUCUCCAUCAGCUGCUCACUGUCCCUGGUCGGAUCAAGUUGCAUCAUUCGCAUAUCUUUCAAGGAAAUUCUCAAGAGCAACGACAGGCAACACAGACUCCUAUUUGCGUUGAGCUGUGCCGACUUUGUCAAUUCCAUGUCAUGUUUGCUCAUGCCAUAUCUGAUACCUUCCUUCAUGGGGUUGCCGGGGGCCGUGGGCAAUCAUGCAACCUGCACCACCAGCGGAUUCUUCUUCGUGGUGGCAUCUACCAGUGCCUGUUGUUACAAUUCCUUUUUGAGCAUCUACUUUUUUCUGGUGGUUUGCAGAAACUGGAAAGAUCGAGACUUUUCGAAAAUGCUGCAAGUCUUGGUCCACUAUGUGGCCAUUGUAUUGCCGGUGGCGAUUGGCCUCGUGGGAGCAGUCACAAAAACCAUCAAUCCAAUUCCAGUGUUGAACUUCCAAUGCUUAUUUUCCGCCUUUCCUUGGCACUGUGAAAAGAAUGAUUGUGAGAGGUCCAGCGUUGAAGUGGCAAAAGCACUCUUUCAGAGUGUCAAUACGGUUUCGGCCACAUUCUCAAUUGUCGGCUUUGUUUGCACGUUUCUGGUCUGGAACACAGUCAGGAGGACCAUUCAACGCAGUUCCUCUUACCGAUUUGGAAAUGACAGGGACACCGCCAACGAGGAACGCCUGAAACAAGUCAGUAUCCAAGCUGUGCUUUACAGUUUGGUCUACCUAAACUCCAUGAUGUGGCCAAUCCUUGCCGUGACAAUGCGCAGUCUCCCGGGGACCGUAGAAGAGCGAAAUGGAGAUAUCUACGUUUAUGUGUUGCAACUGCUCUACGCCACGCUCUAUCCCCUCAAGGGCGUCUUCAACUUCAUUGUCUACACACGCCAAAAAGUCCAGCAAUGGAGAAAAGCUGCGCCACGAAGCUCCAUAUUGUGGAUCUAUUGGCAAAUCAUUCUCACCACGGAAAUCCCAAGGCCGCAAAGAAUACCGGCAACCUUGCCUCUCACAGCAACCACGGGAACGGUCGAAACCACGGGCUUUGGUCAUUCUCAACAAUCUGCUGCCGCCGAAGAAGUAGAAGUUUCGUUUGAUGAAUUUGGAGAAGAGUGA